CUUCACUUCACUUCCAUCGUCAUUGACUCUCUCUCUCUCUCUCUCUCUCUCCAUUACAUUACUCUCUCUCUCCCUCUCUCUCUCCCAACUCUCCAUCUCUCUCUGCUCAAACUUGUAAAUAUUUAAAUGUUUUGAUACUUUUCUAACACAAAACAGUGUCUAAAACCCUAAGACUACCACUCUUCUUUCAUCUCCUUCGCUCAAGAUGAUGAUUAAAUUUACUCUGCUGCUCACUUUACUUAUUUUAGUUACUUCUGCCACUAAUGAAGCUGAAUUAAAGGUUAAUGGAGGAUCUGGAACAAAUACAAGUGAGAUAUCGGUGCAAACUAAAGGAUUGAAUAGGAAAGUCGGGGGAUCCGUGUCCGAUUUAGAUAGUAAGAAUGUCGAUUUAUUGAGUAAGGGUAAAAAACAAGUUAAGGGUGAUGGUGUUGAGAAAUCGGGGUUAGAGAAGAAGACGGAUUUGAGUAAGCCAGUGGAAGGUCAUAAUGUGGAGGUGGAAAGUAAUGUGGGAAAAAAGAGUUCGGAGAAACAGGAAAAAAAGGUUGAUAAGAAAGACGGAGAAUUUGAAGAGUCGGAGGAGAAAGGAAAGAAUGAGGAGGUAUUUCCAGCUGUGAGGAAGGAGAAUGAGGAAUGUGGCUUACCUGAUAGGUGUACGGCGGAGAAUGAUGCAUUGGUUGCAUGCUUAAGAGUUCCGGGAAACGAAUCUCCGGAUCUUGCACUAUUAAUUCAGAACAAAGGAAAAAGCCCUCUUGACGUGAAGAUCAUUGCUCCUAAUUUUGUUUUGCUAGAAAAGCAACAAAUACAUCUCGUGGAGAACAAACAUGAACGGGUUAAAGUUACUGUCAAGAAUGGGGGAACUGAUAACUUGAUAAUUCUUACAGCAGGAACCGGUAACUGCACUCUGAGUUUCAAGGAUUUAAUUACACAAAAUUUGAAGAAAGAAACUGUUUACACCUCACAGUUCAAUCGUUCUAUAUACUUUAAUUGGACAACUGCUGCGGUGUUUAUAGUAUUGAUGGCACUGAUACUGUUGGCAUCUGUUUGGACAUGUAUAAGCUUCCGCCGUAGGCAUUAUCCAAGCAACAGCAGUAAAUAUCAAAAGUUAGACAUGGAGCUACCAGUUUCUAAUGGUGUAAAAGUGGAUACAGAGUUGAAUGCUGGAUGGGACGACAGUUGGGGUGAUAGUUGGGAUGAUGAAGAAGCACCCAAGACACCUAAGACGCCAUCAAUGCCCAUUACUCCUAGCUUCUCAUCUCAAGGUGUUUCCUCGAGGCGGAUUAACAAGGACGGGUGGAAAGAUUAGAAUUCAGUUCACCAUAGGAGAAAGUAAAGUUAUUCGAGUGGAAGACUAGGUAAGAGAUUUUCAUUAAAUCUUUUCCUUUGUUUGAUAUAUAGAUACGUCUUAGCUCGUUUCAUUUUUUGUUGAAAUAGAAAGAGGGAACUGGCACGGUCUUUUGAAUAUUGUAUUUCAUGUUUCGGUGCAUUCAUCGAACACAUUGGUUUGGUCAGUAACUUUGAUCUUAUAUGUUCUACCUUUACACUGUAUUCUUAAGUUUUCUUCUAAAACUACCAAGUACCAAGGGACAGAAGACUCUGUAAUGUGUGUGUAUGUGCUGGGCUAAUGUGUUGAGUUUUAAAUGCGAGUCAUGUGGGCUUGGCCUGCUGAUAAAAUUAAAUUAAUUAUUUAUUGAA